AUGGCCACCAAUAUGCCAAAUUUUGUCCUUUUUGUCACUCUGCUUAUUUUGUUUCUAGUGAUACCAUUGGAAUCUGCACCGGUGAUGAAAAGUGGCUAUACCAAAAACCAUCAUAUGUUUCGACAAAGACAAUCUAAUUUGAGCCCAAAAGCCGAAACAGAAGAGGGAUUCUGGUCCAACGUCUAUUUCGUGUUAACCGCCACCGACUCGUUUUUUGGAGGAUGA